AUGCCAGACGCAGAGACAAUUGAGACCACCUCAAACUUCAUCCUCGAUGCUCCCCCCGGCGAGCUCCAAGACGUAAUCACCGACAUCAAAGCCCUCGUCGGCGACGACAAGGACGUGCUCGACGCCAUCCCGCCGGCCGUGGAGCGCUACAACAAGGAGCAGCUGCUGUGCACGAAGCUUCCUGGUGGUAGCCAGCAGGUUAUCGUCAGCGAGUACAAUGAGCUGCCGGACGGCCGGUAUUUCGAUGUGGGCUCUCAGAACUCGUUUGAGUUUGACCAUGUGAAGCAGAAAGCUUUGAAUGUGCAGUCUUAUGUUCUGGAGUCCCUGAAUGCCGAUUUGAUAAAGUCCAUCCUCCGCGAGGUCGAGCCCCACGUCAAAGAACACUACCCCUCCCUCCCCGCCUUCAGCGUCAACCCCUGCUCCGACGACUCAAGCAUCGCCCUCGUCAUCGUCGGCAACAAGUACAGCCCCUCCAACUACUGGAACGGCCGCUGGCGCAGCACCUACGUCUUCAACCCGGCCGACAACAGCCUCACCGGGAACAUCCAGGUCGACGUGCACUACUACGAGGACGGCAACGUGCGUCUCCUCACCAACAAGCCCGUGCAGGUCUCACUGAGCUCCGGCUCCGCCGCCGAGAUUGUCAAGACGAUCGCCGGGAUUGAGAAGAAGUACCAGGAGGACCUGAACCGCGCGUUUGGCGCGCUGAGUGAGGGCGCGUUUAAGAGCUUGAGGAGGCAGCUGCCGAUCACGAGGCAGAAGAUUGACUGGGACAAGAUUGGCAGCUACAGGUUGGGACAAGAUAUCGGUGGUGGAAGGGGUGCGCAGAGGUAA